AAAAUAACAAAACGAAAGAAAGAAAGCGUGAAUUAUUUUUGGGCUCAGUAAUAACAAGCUGGAUCCAAUCUAAAAUUCCAAAGCCCAUAAGUAACACUAUAGCACGUUGUAUGUGUUUCAAGAGAUGUAAUUCAGUAAUUCACACUGAAUUGAAUUGGGUUGGGUUGGAGGUUUCUGUUUUUUGGGCCUGGGUCCUUUGUGGCCCACGGUCCUGACCAAAAAUAGAGAUUCAAUUCACACUGACAAAAAAAAAAGAGAUGCUUUACCAAAAACAAAAACCCCUAAAAUAGUGUGAGUUGUUAGAAUCAGAUCUAGAGAAGAAGCAAGGCCGAAAAAGAAAACAAAAGAUUCAUAGAAGAGGAAGAUCGGAGAAAUGGAAAAUCCAUACUCGGUGAACAGCCCAAGGAGGACGCUGAGCUUCUCGAAGCAGCGCAGAGCAACCGUUUCCUUCUUUGAUGACAAAACCUUCGCCGGCGAGCAUGGCCCUAAGCCUUCUGAAGUCUAUGGCUUCGUCGGUUCCAUCACCACCGUUGCCGCCGCAGUUAUCUUCCUUGUGUGGGCUUAUGUUCCUGAAUCAUGGCUACAUUCUGUUGGCAUUUAUUACUAUCCUAGCAGGUAUUGGGCUCUGGCAGUACCAACUUACAUGAUGGUGACCAUUGCACUGAUGCUGGUAUUCUACAUUGGUCUUAACUUCAUUUCAACACCUUCCCCUGCAUCUAUAUACACAGUUUAUGAUGAAUGCAGUAGGGAUCCUUUGAGUCCUGAUUCUUCUAUGGAAGGAGAUGAGAAACCCAUUGAACCUAUAUCAGAUAUCGGUUUAGACAAAAUCAAUGAUAUCAUGUUCAAUGCCACAACCUAACAACAAAACCUGUCAACAAUCCAGUGCCGGCAAUUCGAUGUUAUAGCUGUUAGUCUUGAAGAUGAUUGAGCUGAUCUUGCAAAACAAUGACUGGAAUCCUUGCAUUUUCUGAAGUUUUGAUGUAAGCCUUGCUAACUGGUCAUCUUUGAGCGAUGACCAAAUUUUUUGUUGGGUGUUAAUAGUAUAUAUACAGAUUAAAUUGAAUUUCCAUGAACUACAGAACUUAUUUCAUUCUCAUAAAAUUCAUGCACUCCUA